CUAUUCACACCUUGGCCAGGCUACAGUGGCCGGGACUGGUUUGGGAAGGCAGGGCCUCAGGGAAUGAGGGCCCCAAGCUGGCAGCCACAGUCUCCUACUGCACACAGGUCUUAUGAGAGCGUCUCAGGCCAGAGCCUCUGCUGACAGCUGUUCUGGGACCCUGCCCUUGCCCCAGCACCAUGAAGCUACAGGUAUUCUGGACUGGGCUGGAAUACACCUGCAGGCUCCUGGGCAUUACCACUGCAGCAGUGUUGAUCGGCGUGGGCACUGAGACCUUCCUCCGGGGGCACUUCAAAAGCUUGGCUUUCUACCUGCUGUUUACAGGAGUCACCGUCUCCGUGUGUGAAGGGGCCUAUUUUGUGGCUCAGAUGUUGACCAUCUGCUUUCAGUGUCAGCCAGGGUCUCUGGCCUACAAAGCAAGAGAAAAGGCCCAGUGGCUGGGCUGCUUCCAGAAGUUCCUGGCCUAUAUGCUGCUGUCUGUGGCCUGCUUCCUCCACCCUGUCCUGGUCUGGCAUGUGACCAUUCCAGGCUCCAUGCUUAUCAUCACUGGCUUGACCUACUUCCUUCUCAGCAAACGGAAGAAGAACAAAGCUUCCCCUGAGGUGCCAGCCCCCCAGGAGCAGUACACAGACCUCUGCAGUAGUGCCAUGAGCACCAUCAUAUCUGGGGACAUUGAAAAAACAUACACCUUCCAUGGAGCCCUCAAGGAGGGGUCCAACUCCUUCUUUAUGCACAUGAAGUGCAUCCUAAAGGGGACCAGGAAGCCCAGCACCCUCCAGCAUCCAGAUGCUCUGACAGAGUUGACUUUGGAGCAUGCUGACUCACUAGCCAAGAAGAAACAGGUGCACUUUGAAGAUCAUGUGGUCAGGAUCAUCCCAGGCCUCAUUGAAGGCCCAGACAAUGAGGACAGUGAGCCAGAGGAAACCACCUCUGACACUACCCCCAUCAUCCCUGCACCCCAGGCUCCACUCUUCCUGUCUUCUCUAACAGAUAUCAUCCUCUUCUGAGCUGCUUACUCAAGCCUUAGAGAUGUUUGGCAAGGGGUCGGCAUAGAUUAAUGGCUCUACCUGGAGUUUUCUGAUAUUUGUGGGUCCUCCAGGGAGCCCAGGGUCUUUGUAGGUCAGCUCUUCAAGGGGUGACCAAACAUACUCCAGUGGACCUCUAGGGCCAUUGAGUGGCAUGAUGGGUCCUGAAGUGGCCUUAAGGGAGGUACAAAUGAAGCCCAAACUGCUUCAAACCAGAACAAGUUCUUCUUCCUGGACAUAGAGUGAGGAAAUCCUUUUGCUUUCUCCAAAAAUAUCAUCACUCCCACUUCACACAAGGCUGCCUCAGCCCCAAGAGAAGCUACCAGACUUCUGCUGCUCCUAACACAGGUCUCAACACUCAGCAAGGACUUCUGUCCAUUGCAUUUCUGAAGCAGCAUCCCAGCUUUGAAGGCCCAAGGAUUCACUGACAAGUUAUGCGUGUACACGGAAAGUAUAGAAGGUGGCCAUGGGUCCCAACCUCCAAAUGAGAUUGCUCAGAUAGGGAGAAACGACCAGGCUGCAGGCUCUCAGGACAAGGGAGCAGUGCCCAGAAGUGGGCUGCAUGCUCUUUGUUCUCUGGGGCUAGCGCUGGGCAGCAGGAGUCACAGAGCCACUGAAGGGAAAAGUGCCACUUUGCUCAGUGCAGGGAGAGCCAGGCCAGAUAAGGGGUGCUUGUUCUGAAAGCACCACUGAGGCCUCUCUUCAUCCCCACCACAUGAACUUUUCCAAGAUUCCAAGUAGAUGAUGUAAACUAAAAGCUCCUGAAAGCCAAUGACAGAUUUUAGCCAUGAAUGCUACAGCACAAGAUGCAAUGCCUGCUCUACGCAAGGACCACAGAGGUGGUGCCCUGAAGAUUCAACCAGCAAAGAGAAGUGGCUCUGCCAUUCUUAGGUGCUUGGUAGUAGAAUAGAUGAUAAAUAUAUGUUUGUUUAAAAUGGGAGGAAAUAAGAGGGAAAGAGGGAGGGUAGGAGGAAAGUGAUCGAGCAGGUUAGCUUUCUGCAACCACGUCAUGGAAGUGAGAGUUAACCCAGCUUAAGCAAAGAAAUUUGAAUCAGAUAUUCCUUAGUUAAAGGACUUGCAAUACGUUUUCAUUUCUAAAAAGUGUCCUUUGGUCCACGGGGUUGUUGUAAGGAAGAGUAAACAUGCUCUUCUUCAUAGACAAUCUGAAUUAAUGAGAAAUCCAAUCACACACUCCCGAGUUUGUGUGUGAGCAGACACCAGGACCUGCAAAACAGCCCUCAGAGCACAUACUUAAAGGUCUAGGUAAGAAAUGUGUGUUCAUUCUUGUGUACUUUUCAACAUCCCCUACAAUUUAUUUCACAAAUGUAUGGAAAUAGCCAACUAGAAGCUAGUAUCAUUUUCAUGGCUGAAGACAGCAAGUGUCUCAUAUUAGCAGGUCUCUUCCUGCAAUAACAGUUCUUUUGUAAACCAAGUAAAAAAGACACAUUUCCAUAAGCCCUCCAUGGUGGAAGUAGUAGAGAUAUUUCUUUAACUGUCACUGAGAAGGGACUUCAGGAUCUGAGAGUCACAGCCAGAAGACAAUGAGUAGUAUGAAACGUGAGUGUGGAUAUAUGGGAAUUGUGCCCAAUUUUAAUGGGAAAGAGUCCUAGACAGGACACGUGUGCAGAGAAGCAGCCCAGGCUCUUGCACCUGUCAUGUGAAGAAGAGCAAUGUGAUGAGCACAGCACAGAUGCAGCCAGCCUCUGCAGACCCCAAUGUUCCUGCCUUAUUCUCAGAAGCAGAGCUGGAUGGAUGACAAGCUUACAUGCAAGAAGCACACCCGGAAUUAUAAUGUCAGAGCCCUCAGAUCUCAUUUAAUAAACAUUUCUGUAAACCCAAGAGCACUGUGUUUGUUGCAUCUUAGAUGUAAAUGGGAAAUUGGGAGCUCCAGGUGAUAUGCUGUGCCUGUGACUGAGACAUCUAAACUUCCUUGUGCCUGUCAUCAGUUAAGGGAGAGUCUGAUGCAGCAUUAGAGAUCCAAACAAUUAUGAUCUUAUCAAGAUUAGCAAAGUACAGUUUUCAAACACUCUUAUUGCUGGAAAAAGAAAAAAGCUGAGGUGAGACCAUUAAAUAGACCAAAGCCCUCACCUCUGUCAGUGGACCAAGAAAGAAAUUUCCACCUCCUCAUAAGCAGAUGUAAUACCAUGUGUCACCAGUUGAUUCUCAGCCAAAGACAACCAUCCUUAUUCACUCCUAUCCCUGUACAGAGCCUCAUUCUUGCUGAGAACAAAACAAAAGCACUGACCCCAUUGUGUCCCACAUCCCUUUCUCAGCAGAAAGCAGAUCAGACAUUUUGUAGAUGUGAAACAAUAACAGGAAGUAGAAAGAACUCAUUAAAUCUUCCACUAACAUGAAUAGAAAGAACUCAUUAAUUCUUCCACUAACAUGCUGAUUGACCUUGGCCAAACCCCUUUAUCUCUCUGGUCUCAGUUUCCCCUAUUAAGCGGAAAUAGCUUAAAAAUUUCUCCCAAGAUUGGUGGUAUGACCACUUAACCAAGAAAGACGGGGAAGUGCUCUUCAGAUCAAAAAUCACCCAAGUCAGUGUUAAGUGCACUUUUCUUUUACUGUGGGAUCCUCACAGUGAGAAAGCCCCAACAUGUGAAAGCACUGAGGAAAACAACACCAAGACUUUUCUCUGAGGCAAGGCCAAUGCAGAUCCAAAAGCUUCUUUCUCAAAUUCAGAUUCCAGUGCUUGAAACUGGAGAUGAUGCAACCAGCAACCGUCCAGCUUAGAGAGUCAUGGUGGACCCCCAAUCCUAAAGAGCCAUGCCCUGGAGGUCUCCCAGUAUAAGCACUCUUUUCCAUCAGUCAUAGGGGCUUUUUUUUUUUAGUUUUUUAAAUAUUUUUAUUGAGAUAUAAUAUACAUACCAUAAAAUUCACCAAUUUAUUAUUUUUUAGUACAUUCAUUGUCAAGUACAUCACAAUUCAAGUUCACAUUUCAUCAUGGCUCCUAAAAAACAUUAAUGGUCACUUUUCACCCCACUUUAAACCCACCCUAAGCAACCACUAACCUACUUUAUGUCUUUAUAGAUUUCCUUUCUGGACAUUUCCUAUACAUGGAAUCAGAUAAGACAUGGUCUUUUGUGACUUGCUUUGUUUACUUAUCAUAAUAUUUUCAAGGUUCAUUCAUGUUUCAACAUGUAUCUUUAUUUUAUUUUUUUUGUGGCUGAAAAAUAUUCCAUUAUAUGGAUAUACUACGUUGUGUUCAUCUUUUAAUCUGUUGAUAGACAUUUGGGCAGUUUCUACUUUGCGACUAUAUAAAUAAUGUUGCCAAGAACAUUUAUGUUCAAGGGUUUGAAUGGAUAUAUAUUUUAAUUUCUCUUAAAUAUAUACCUAGGGGCAGAAUUGCAGAGUUAAAUGGUAACUCAAUAUUUAACCUCUUAAUAAAGUGUUAAACUUCCAAAAGGGGCUGUACCAUUUUACAUUCCCACCAACAUUGUAUGAGUGUUCUUUCCACAUCCUUGUCAACACUUAUUAUUUUCUGUCUUUUUUAUUAUAACCAUCCAUUUACUAUUAUUUUGAUGUGUAUUUCUAUAGUGACUAAUGC